ACCACCGCGGUUGUUGUUGGUGUUGUUGAGGACUUCCGAAGUCCCACUUAUUCGGGGUAGGGCGGGGGGCGUCUUAAGAUACCAUUUGACCGAAAACAAUCCCCCAAUUUCGAGUUGGAAAAGUCCCAUUCGAGCCAGACAACUUCCAGUGUGCUCUCCCCCCGGUGUGUCUGAGAGCCCUCCCGGUCCGCAGUCUCCUUGCCAAGCAGCUUAUGGAUGCGAGGUUCUCCGAGUUGUUUUCUUCACAUAAUGGACGCGACUGCGGCGGCUCUCGGACUGAAGUGAACACGGGGAACGGUUGCGGGCUGACUCCCGCCACCAAAAGGGCUUCUGGCAAGAAGAAGAGACCGAAUGCGCGACACGUUCGCAGCUUCAAACCGAGCUACAACACCUCGUAUCUACCCCCAGAGGUAGAAGAAGGGAAUAUAGAGUACAAGCUGAAGCUCGUGGACCCUACACAAAGCCGUUUCGAGCACCUGGUGACGCAAAUGAAAUGGCGGCUCCAGGAGGGUCGCGGUGAAGCCGUCUAUCAGAUUGGGGUGGAGGAUAACGGCAUGUUGGUGGGACUGUCUGAGAAGGACAUGAAGGCGUCCCUCACCACCCUCCAUGAUAUGGCUGAGAAAGUUGGGGCUGACAUCACUGUCCUUCGACACGCAGAGGUGGACUACGACGCUGAUCAGCCUCUUACCAUCGCCGAAGUCUUAAUUCGUAAGGUGCCGGAUGACCAGCAGUUCCUGGACCUGCGAGUAGCCGUACUUGGUAAUGUAGACUCGGGCAAGUCGACGCUGCUGGGUGUUUUGACGCAAGGCGAGCUGGAUAAUGGACGAGGAAGAGCAAGACUGAACCUCUUCAGGCACCUCCAUGAAAUACAGACAGGGCGUACGUCUAGCAUCAGCUUUGAGAUCCUUGGUUUCAACAGUAAAGGAGAGGUUGUGAACUACAGCGAGUCUCGAACAGCAGAGGAUAUUUGCGAGAGUGCCUCUAAAAUGAUCACAUUCAUUGAUCUGGCGGGCCACCACAAAUACUUGAAGACUACCAUCUUUGGCCUCACCAGCUACUGCCCUGAUUUCGCCAUGCUCGUCGUCGGUGCAAAUACCGGGAUAGUUGGCACGACGCGGGAGCACCUUGGCCUGGCCAUGGCCCUGAAGGUGCCCAUCUUCAUUGUCAUCAGCAAAUUGGACCUGUGUACGCGGGCCACUGUGGAGCGAACGGUGCGGCAGCUGGAGCGAGUCCUCAAACAGCCGGGCUGCAACAAGGUGCCCAUGCUCGUGGCCAACACGGACGAUGCCGUCGCCGCGGCACAGCAGUUUGCCCAGUCGCCCAAUAUUACACCCGUCUUCACCGUGUCCAGUGUGUCCGGAGAGAACCUGGACCUGCUCAAGGUCUUCUUCAACAUCAUCCCCCCACUCAGCAACAGCAAGGAGCAGGAGGAGCUCAUGCAGCAGCUCACUGAGUUUCAGGUGGAUGAGAUCUACACGGUGCCCGAAGUGGGGACUGUGGUGGGCGGUACUUUGUCCAGUGGUAUUUGUCGUGAGGGAGACGAUCUGGUGGUCGGACCCACAGACUCUGGCCAGUUCCACAAGUUGACCGUUGGGAGCAUCCAGAGGAACCGUUCCGCUUGCAGGGUGCUCCGGGCCGGACAGGCUGCCACGCUGGCGCUCGGCAACUUUGACCGCACGUUGCUGCGAAAGGGAAUGGUGAUGGUGAGUCCAGAGAUGGACCCGACCAUCUGCUGGAUAUUUGAGGCCGAGAUUGUGCUGCUCUUCCACUCCAAGACCUUCCACAAGGGCUUCCAGGUGACCGUCCACAUAGGCAACGUGAGACAGACCGCCACUGUGGAAGCCGUCUAUGGCAAAGAGGAGUUAAGGACGGGGGAGAAGGCGUGCGUCCAGUUCAAAUUCCUCAAGCAUCCCGAGUACUUGAAGCUGGGGGCCAAGGUUCUCUUCAGGGAAGGCGUCACUAAGGGCAUCGGCCACGUCACCAAGCUGCAUCCCAUCGUGCAGUACCACCACGCCCCAGAGAGCGACGAGGACGAAGACGACGACUAGAAAGUGAGCGCGCUCCCGUCCCUGAAAAACACAACUGCUGUCUUUUUUUAACAGACAAGCUUCCUCCAAAGGCCAGUUUGCACUCUUUGCCUCACCCAUAUGAUGUAAAUAAGUUGGCAGUUAUAGAUCGCCUUGCCUUUAUACCUUUAAGAUACUCGUUAAGCCAAUACAAUGUAGCCUCACACACACAUUCACACAAUAAAAGACUUGCACUGUCAUGAAAUGAAAGUCAACAACUCAUUCAUACUUACAGCUGAAUGAUUAAUUUGAUAAUUAUAAUAAUAAUCUAAAAUAUAAAUAAAUAUUACAAAACUGAUUUAAUUCAUGUGAAAGAGUAUUGCCAUAUGUCGUAAAAACUAUGAAAGAAGUCACUGAUGGUGUAGUGGUACACUCGUCUGACUUUGGUCGUGGGUUCAGUUCCCACUCAGUGACUAUGUGAAUGUGAGUGCGAAUGGUUGUCCCUGUCUAUAUGUUCCCUGCGACUGACUGGCGACCAGUUCAGGGUGUAGUCCUCCUUUCGCCUGUAAUCAGGUGGGAUAGGCUCCGGCGCCCCGUGACCCUAACCAGGAUAAGCGGUGUUGAAAAUGGAUGGAUGGAUGGAUGGAAAAUAUGAGAGAAGAAAAGUGGAAAAACUCAGCAUCUAAAAUAUUACACUAGUAAAAAUUAUAAUUAUUUUCAGCUACAUUCACAAAGUAAAAUUUAAAAAAAACACACACACAUAAGAGAACCCACCUUAAGGUAUUAAGGUAUAUAAGGUAGAAUUGUUUUUGUAUAUUUUGGGGGGGAGCAUCACGAUUAGAUAUUUUUUCCCAAAUUGUUCUUGCCAUAUUUUGGUUGGGGAACAUUGUACAUUUUCCCCCAAUUUGUAUGAGCACAUUGUUGGAGAAAAAACAUAACAACUAGACAUUUUUUCCACAUUUUUCUCAAAUAUUUGGGGUGAAAAAAUCAUCACAAUUACAUAUUUUUCCCAAAAUUGAAAUCAUCACAAUAACAUAUUUUCCCCAAAUAAUUGCUGCAAUAUUGAGGGUGGGGAGAAUCAUCACAAUUAGAUAUUUUAUUUAAUAUUUGGGGCGGAAAAAAUCAUCAUCCAUCCGUCCAUCCAUUUUCUGUGCCGCUUCUCCUAACUAGGGUCGCGGGCGUGCUGGAGCCUAUCCCAGCUGUCAUCGGGCAGGAGGCGGGGUACACCCUGAACUGGUUGCCAGCCAAUCGCAGGGCACAUAGAAACAAACAACCAUUCGCACUCACAGUCAUGCCUACGGGCAAUUUAGAGUCUCCAAUUAAUGCAUGUUUUUUGGGAUGUGGGAGGAAACCGGAGUGCCCGGAGAAAACCCACGCAGGCACGGGGAGAACAUGCAAACUCCACACAGGCGGGGCCGGGGAUUGAACCUGGGUCCUCAGAACUGUGAGGCUGACGCUCUAACCAGUCGGUCACCGUGCCACCAAAAAAAAUCAUCAGUUAAAUAUUUUUCCUUAAAGUCAUUCAGCUCUAUUAUUCACACUUUUUUCACUUUUAUGCUGAUAUUUGCGUCUAUGAGUGUUUUUGUGUGACAAAAUCCCAAGUUUAACUCUCCUUUAAACUCAUCCAGUGACUGAGCUUUAAACUCCCACCUGCAGGAGUAAUGUGGAGGCGUUUACACCGCAGUGCACACCGAGCACACAUUUUGGGGAGGGGGAGAAGCUGCGCUCACUUGCACUGACACACACACACAACCUUCCUACAGAUGGUCUUGACACAGCUGAUGCAACUGUGAAGCGUUCUUAAAUACACACAGCAGCUCGUCUUUGUCCAAACAGCAGCAUGAUUUGACUGAAGACUGUAAAGGGGGAUAUAGGCGCAACAUUCCACGCCUCAGAAUGGUAAUAAUGGCACUGUCGAUCUGUUGGACAUCAUCCACAAACCAGGAAGAAGUAGCCAACAUGCCCCACAAUUCUUAUAUUUGUCACAUUUAUUGCCAGUUCAGCCUCAGCUAAGGUUCUCGAGUGAGUGUGUUUUAUUAGACAGCAUUGAUACAAAAAAGAAAGGGCAACCCAAGACUUGCUGCACAACGUGCAAAUUUGAAAUUAAAAACCAUUAUGUUUCAAAGGUAUUUGCCGCAAGUUCUUGAAGUUACUAAAGUUGCACGCACACACAGUGCCUCAUAGAAGUGCCUUCCAACACAACACAGGUCAUUCAAGUAGUUGGAAAAAAAAAAAAAAACUCUUGGUGCUAAAAUACAAACAUUUGUACCAAAUCGUUUGACUCUUAAGUACUACUCCAAAUCAAGACUACUGUGGGGCUUACAAUAACUAUCUUAUUACUGUCUUAUAUUACUGCCGCACUGUCACAUCAACUUUAUAGUGACACACCCCACUCUAUCAUUGUGUUGUGUUGUUUUUUCAAGAGCAUGUUUCAACCUUUGUAUUAUAUAUCUGGUUAUACAUUUGUGUUUUUGCGCAUCUCAGGUGUAUUUUUUGUAGUUUUUACAUUUUACAAUCAAACCCUUGUUGAAGCUUUAUGACUUGUUUAUCCGAUUUUUAAUGGAAAUGUGUAUAAUCACGUGUGAACUAUGUACAGAUCCAAUUGGUGUAUUAAAUAAAGCUUUUAUCACAUUAAAA